AUGAAAUAUUUUCUGCUCCUUUCUAUUAUUUUCUUUGUCCUAUACCAAUCUGGAAAUGGUUGUAUGAAAUUCAAGUUGGAUACUACCUGUGAAUGUCCGGAUAUUCUUAAACAUUAUGAUAAAAUUAAAGAAGAAACAAUCCCGGUCAUUAAAAAAGGUGGAUGCAAAAUGAGUAUUACAUGUGCCACUCAUACUAACACUAACUUCUUAUUCCCACUCUAUACAAAUCGAGGCGAAAUUCUUCGCCCAGAUGAUAUGAUGGAGAAUUCAGCUUACGUUGGAGUAGCAGAUGCUGUACAAUUCAGUGAUGAGGCCUAUGAAGCACCACCAGGACCUCCAAUCGAUAUAAUCUCGUAUUUUGGAGUUUUAUGUGAUGGUGGGGUAUGGUACGUGUCGAAAUACCCAAAUGGAAUUGGCUAUAACAUGAAAAAUUUAACUUUAAAGUAUAUUGGUACCAAUGGUGAAUUUGACGGAAAGAAAGCCAGGAUUGCGCGAUUUUCGUGGUAA